UGAAGCCUCAGACCUCAGAAGUGAAUCAUGAUCCCAUAAGAGUCUCCCUAUCUUCUGUACACAGCUUAGAACUAAGAAUAUCAUUGACCCACACAAUCCUAGUUUUCAGCUGUUCGACUUUCCUUGUAAGAUCACUCAUGGAACCUUUACGGGAUCUCUUCUGGCUGUGGGUGGUUCUUGGAAUGAUUUUUGUUUCCAUGGUAAUAGGUCUCAUCUUCAUUCUUAUCAACCAGUGUAUUUCCAAGAAAGCUGCUGAACAAUACAAUACAAAUACACCAAGUCGCACUACGCCUCAGUAUUAUGCCCAGUUUCUCCCCCAUCCAGAAGCAGCAAAUAUCAUCUCAAAGAUCUGGAGGAUGAUUUGCCUCCUUUACCACCCAGGACUCAGUUUCUCACAUCCUGUCCCAACUGAAAGCUAUGAGAACCUUGUAGGGCUACCUGACUAUGUGAAAGUAGAUGACAAUGCCCCUCCUCCACCGUACCAUCACACAGAGACACUGGUGUGUAAGGACAAUGACGGCAUUCCAGAGGACUACGAUGACAUCGGAGCAGACUGUCAGAUCGAGGAGGACUAUGAUGAUCUGGGAUAAAGCCAGAGGCAACGGAGACUAUACUAAAGACACUGUUGUGGUACAUAUGUAAUGUAUACUCCUACUAGCCAAAAAUAGAUGUUCUGCAGAAAUACGACUAUCCCUUGGCUGAUACGGCUUCAUGUUUAAAUCAUUUAUUUGGCAAUGCUUUACCAGUUUGCAUAAGACUAAAGUAUAGCUUUCUGGUAUUUACCAAAAAGCUCUCUUGUAACAAUGGACAAUUUCUUACUUUUAAGAAUAACACAAUUUGUGUUUCAGGGUAUACCAUGUAACUGAAACUAUUAUGUUGUAGUUAGCAGAAAAAAAUUAAGCUGUGUAGUUUCAAUUGAACAUAAUAUAAUGGUGCACAGAAAAUUAACAAUCUUAUUGAUUACCUAGUACCAUAUGAUUGUCAAUGGUGGUGGUUUUGCUAACUUUUUAAAUCCCAUAGACCAAACCAGUUGUAUCAGGAAUCAACACAAGUGAAGUGGUAUAUUUAAUCAUUUUGCUCAGUCUUUACAUCUAAGUAGUAAACUCUGAGGCUUGCUGAGUUUACAAACCAGCAUAGUUGUUAAAACCCUGUAGUUCUAGGAAUCAUCGAUGUUAGAUUGUGUUUACAACUGUGUACUUAUGCUCUUAGCUCACUAUGGAUCAUGAAGCUGCAGACCUUGCCAUGUUUUAUGAAACCAAUAACUGUAAAAGGUUUCAAACAGAUCAGAUCGUGUAAGAAUAGAAAUGGGAGAAAAAGGUGACUUUCCUUGUCCACCAGUGACUUAAUUUAAGUUAAAGAUUAGAUCCUCUGGUUAUUGACAAUGAAACAAACAAUAAGCAUUUC